GUUUGCCAGCUGGAACUGGAAGCUUUGCUGAAGGCUAAGCCGAGUGAGCGCUACCGCCUUACACUUGAAGACCUGUGCCAUGACCGCGACGACAUGGCGCAGGACGAAGAAAAGGUGGCUCCUAGAGCCUCGGAGCUGGUGGUGGAACUGGGUAGCUGGGCGCAAG